AUGAGCGACGUGGACGCGAAAAAGAUGAAAGUGCAGGAGCUUCGAGAUGAGCUCGAGAAGCGAGGAUUGGACACGAGCGGGUUGAAGGGGCAGCUCGUCGAGCGUCUCGAGGAGGCGCUCGCGGGCGAAGGCGCGGGCGAGGGCGAAGACGAGCUCGAGGACGUUCCGGACGUGGAAGUGUCGGCGGCAGAUGCGGCGAAACUGGCUGAGCUGGAAAAGAAGGAACCGGCGGCGGAGGCGAAGACGCCCGCGGGCGCGGCGAAGAAGGAUUUGCCGAAGCCGAAGCCGACGGAGGCGGAGCGUAAAAAGGCGCAAGCGGAACGCAAGGCGGAGCAAGAAAAGAUCCGAGCGGAAAAGAAGGCGGCUUACGAAAAGGCUGAGGCCGAACGCAAGGCGGCGGCUGAAAAAGCGAAGAAGGAAGCGGACGAAGCGUUCGUGAAGGAUUUGGAACGCAGAAAGGAACGCGCCGAGCGCUUCAAGUUGCCGUUCGCAUUGAGCGAACAAGAGAAGACGCGCAUUCGCAACGUCGGCGCUGAAAAGAAGUUUGGUUUGGACAACGCCGAGAACGGUGCGAACGGGACCGCGGCGCCGAAGGAAAAGACUGCGGAGGAAAAGGCGAAGGACAAGGCUGACUUUGAAGCCAAACUCAAGGCGCGCGCCGAACGCUUCGGCGACGCUUUGAAGCCGCUUCCCAAGCCGACACCCAUGUUCGCGCCGAAGCGACCGGGUGGUCCGCUUCCGGGUGCGCCGGCGCCGAAGGUCGCGAAGUGA